UUUGUCAAACUCAUUGUGAAGUCUUAAAUUUGGGAACUUAAAAUUUUAAUAAAGUCUAUAGGGGAAAAUGUAUUAAUUACCGUAUUUUUCGCUCCAUAAGACGCAAUUUUUUCCCCCCAAAAAAGGGGGGAAAAUGUCAGUGCAUCUUAUGGAGUGAAUGUAAAGCGGCCGGUCUGGUAUUUCUGGCCAGAAGGCUCCGGGCCAUUCACAAAGCGCAGCGCUUCUCACAUAUGCGCAGUGGGCACCCGGCUUCUCUGGUCAUCCCUUGUACUGUCUGCAGUCUCUGGUCAUCUGUACUAUGCCCACAGUCUCUGGUCAUUCCCUGCACUGUGUCCGCAGUCUCUGGUCAUUCCCUGUACUCUGUCCACAGUCUCUGGUCAUUCCCUGUACUGUGUCCGCAGUCUCUGGUCAUCUCCUGUACUGUAUCCGCAGUCUCUGGUCAUCUCCUGUACUGUGUCCACAGUCUAUGGUCAUCCCCUGUACUGAGUCUUCAGUCUCUGGUCAUCCCCUGUACUGUGUCCGCAGUCUCUGGUCAUCCCCUAUACUGUGUCUGCAGUCUCUGGUCAUCCCCUGUACUGUGUCCGCAGUCUCUGGUCAUCCCCUGUACUGUGUCCACAGUCUCUGGUCAUCUCCUGUACUGUGUUCGCAGUCUCUGGUCAUCUCCUGUACUGUGUCCGCAGUCUCUGGUCAUCUCCUGUACUGUGUCCGCAGUCUCUGGUCAUCUCCUGUACUGUGUCCGCAGUCUCUGGUCAUCCCCUGUACUGUGUCUGCAGUCUCUGGUCAUCUCCUGUACUGUGUCCACAGUCUCUGGUCAUCCCCUAUACUGUGUCUGCAGU